AUGCCAGAAGGAUGGAUUGGAUUUAACAAGCUCACAGGGGAGUGUCAGAGUGCCACUGCUUGGGAGACUCCUGAGAACCCUGCCCCCGGGCCUUUCACUCUGAGUCUGAGCCCUGAUAGAUCCAAGCAAUAUGUAUUACUGUGGAAUAAUUAUGAAAUUUACUGGCGCAGUGGUGUUUGGAACGGCCAGUACUUCCCUGCACUCCCUGCUACUAACGAAAACACUCCCUUCAACCUCACCUUCAUCGACAACGAGCAGCGGAUGUAUGGCACGUAUACCAUCUUGUACAGUUCUUUCAUCACUCAUACUAUGAUUGGUUCAACUGGGCUAUUAACACAACGGUAUUGGCUGGACAGCACCCAGGAGUGGCAGUCAAUCUCUUCUCAACCCGUGCCUCAAUGUGAUGUCCACUCUUUAUGUCGCACUUUUGGUAUCUGCGACCAGAAAAGCUCGGAUAAUAUUUGCAAAUGCACCCCUGGUUUCGAACCAGCUUCAAUGAAAGAAUGGGAGCUCAAUGUUUGGAGCUCAGGGUGCGUGCGGAAAACCAGUUUGCGAUGCAGUAAAAAAAGCUCAGACGGUGGAGAAGGGGAUGGAUUCCUUGGGAUGACCAAUAUGAGAUUGCCUGCCAAUCCACAGAACUUGACUGUUGGGAGUGCUGAAAACUGUGAACAAGCUUGCUUGAACGAUUGCUCUUGUAACGCGUAUGCUUAUGUAAGUGGAUGCUCAAUUUGGACUGCGGACCUUUGGAACCUUGUGCAACUCUAUGAUGAUGAUAGUGGAGCUGGUACUCUUUAUCUUCGGCUCGCUGCUUCUGAUUUCCCAGGUUCAGGUAGCUCGCAUAAGUUGGCAGCCCAAUCAGCAUCACAGAAUGCUGAUAGCUACAAUGAAUUAGAUGUGGGAAAGAAAAUGCCCUUUGCUGGACAACCUUUAAGGAAUUAG